AUGCUGGGAGAGCGCCACCCGGAGGCCAACCGGCUCUAUGUGCCCCCAUUACUCGAGGAGGACCCGCGCAUGGCCGAUCCCGACGCUUCCGAAUACCUGCCACCCCCCGACGUCGAAGCCGGCAGCGUGCUCCCCGUUUGGCUACAAGAGUCAUCCAAAUCCUUUCGCUGGCAAUGGGUGCCUUUGCCACUUCGCAAGGCCGGUCGUGCGACCGCACGAUGGGUCAAGGGCCCGGAUCCACCGCAUACGCUCUUGUUGAAACCGUUGUUCCCGCGCGUUCAGGAGCUGCCCGUCCAGUAUCUGGAUCACUUUUUUCCCAAGCGCAAGCACAAGAUCUCUCUCCUGAUGCUUCUGUACCUGUCGUGGUUUCUGCCGUGGUUCCUGGUUUUGCUACACUCGCGCUCCUCGGGUUACAUUGAAGGAUAUGGCCGGCCACAGACUCUCUCAUGCGGGACGAAUUUUUGGGAUUUCGGCAACGGAUGCGGUCUCAAUGGGAACAACUGCCGUCCAUUUUCCUCCUCGACGAUCGCCUUCCGGUGCCCUGCGAACUGCCGGGAUACCAAGCUGUUAGAGCCUCAUAUUGUUGGAAAUCAGUCCUACAACUACCAAGGACUGGUGAUUGGGGGCCCGCAACCAGAUAACCCUGAUCCCGCCAUCUAUCGCGCCGACAGCUUCGUCUGUCAGGCGGCGAUUCAUGCUGGAGCUAUUUCGAACUCGGUCGGCGGCUGCGGUGUGACGAAGCUUGAGGGUGCAGCGCACUCUUAUCCGUCUGUCAAGCAGAACGGGAUCGAGUCUGUGGGAUUUCCGUCUACCUUCCCCAAGUCCUUCAGUUUCCUGAAACUAUCGUCGUCGCAGGCGACCUGCCCACCCGACCCGCGCUGGCCGCUCCUCGGGGUCACUAUUGCCGCGGUGGGCGUCCUAUGGCUCUUUUGUACAUCCCCACCGGUGCUGUUCUUCAGCACGUUUUUCAUGGUCUUUUGUCACACGGGCCUGGUCGCCGAUCCGCCCUCAUACCCGUUCCUGACCGACCUCGUGUCGGCCCUACUAUCUCGGUUGCUGCCGGCAUCGUUUGUGGCCUAUGUCCUCUACAAAUUCUGUGCAGCGCCACUACUGCAACCUAUUACGUCGCCCAUCUACCAGCUGUCGAAGAUGUUCCUAUAUUUGCCGCCAGUCUUCUUCGGUGCUCUGAACAACUACACCUUUGCGCGUCUGAUUCCACUUCAGCGCCUGACACCGAAGGACAUUCAGCAACAGCCCGGAGCGAAGCUGGCCUUGGCCCUAGUGAUUCCUACCAUUAUCAUCAUCGUCCUGAGCCAAGCAUGGCAGAUUCGCCAGGGUGGGCUGAUGCCGCGCUACCUGAAGAUAUAUUGCACUAUGGGCCUGAUCAUUCUUAUUCUCCUCCCGCUUCCGGGCCUACGCCUUCGCAUUCAUCAUUACAUUCUCGCCAUUCUGCUCAUGCCAGGUACCGCCUUUCCAACCCGCCCCUCGUUGAUCUACCAGGGGUUGCUUCUGGGUCUCUUCGUCAACGGUGUCGCACGGUGGGGAUUCGCCUCGAUUAUUGAGACACCUGCAGCUCUCGGCGAACGAGGGUCCGGCUCCGAUGGACACAGCUGGUGGUCUACAUAUCCCAACAUCACAGAUGCAUCGGUCAAGGUCUCCUUGUCGGACUUUGGGACCAGCAACACCCAUCGGGGCAACGGAAAUAUCUCGUUCGCUCUCUGGGAACAUGAGCGGAUGGCUAAUCUUGCUGUCGACGGCAUUUCAGUCCUGCUCAAUGACGUUGAGCGCUAUCGAGGCUAUCUAGACGAAGACCCGCAAGGUAGAUUCACCUGGCACCGCCAUGGUCACGACGGCUUGGAACUGCAACAUGGUUCGCGCCUGGCACGCCGCAACGGUGAUGGGCAGCAACCCGUGGGUCCUCAGUCCAUUCCGCUCACUGAGGGUGAUCCGGACGAUGAGCCUGAAGGCCUCUUCUUCCGCUUUGCAUUUCUGAGGGGUUCUGAGGCUGGCAUGUAUGGACCUGCAGGGGUCUGGGAGAGUGAUGGCGAGUGGCAUUCUCCAUCGCCCCCGAAGAAGUAG